AGGAAAGGAAUGAGCACAGACAAUCCGGCUGCGGCGGCGCUUCUCUCUCCUCUCCUCCUCUUCUUCCUCCCCAGCGGAACGGAACCGCAUAUACAGUAGUCCCCUGGUCUGUGCUGUUGCCUCGCCUGCCCACCCAAAUCCAUCCCUCCCUCCUCCACCCACCCCAUCCAUCCCUCCUCCUUCGAUUGAUUCCACCCACCCCCGCCGGCUCCUUCCCGUCUAGGGUUUCCCUCCCGCCGCCCGAAUCCCGCAAUCGGAGACCACCCGUCCGCCUCCAAUGAUGACCAUGAGCGACAACGGAGACCGCACCUGCCCGCUCUGUGCCGAGGAGAUGGACAUCACUGACCAGCAGCUCAAGCCAUGCAAAUGCGGCUACGAUAUUUGUGUCUGGUGCUGGCACCACAUCAUAGAUAUGGCUGAGAAGGAGGAAACAGAGGGCCGCUGCCCUGCAUGCCGCACGCGCUACGAUAAGGACAGGAUUGGCAAGAUGGCUGCCACUUGUGAGAGGACGGUGGCAGAGAAAGUUGCAGAGAAGAAGCAGAAGACCCAAAAGGUCAAACCAAAGGCACCUGCACCAGCAACUGUGGAAGCUAAGAAGCAUCUGGCAAGUGUCAGGGUCAUCCAGAGAAACCUGGUGUACAUAAUUGGGCUACCUGCAAAUUUAUGCAAUGAGAGUGUACUUGAGCGCAGGGAAUACUUUGGUCAGUAUGGGAAGGUUCUGAAGGUUUCAGUUUCUCGCCCGACUGGGCCUCCUUCCCAGCAGGCAUCAGCAAACAACAAUAUCAGUGUGUAUAUUACUUAUGCCAAAGAAGAAGAGGCCAUCCGGUGUAUACAAGCUGUACACAAUUUUGUCUUGGAAGGAAAAGUUUUAAGAGCAUGCUUUGGUACUACGAAGUAUUGCCAUGCAUGGCUGCGGAACAUGACAUGUGGGAAUCCAGAUUGUCUCUAUUUGCAUGACGUAGGCAGUCAGCAAGAUAGCUUCACUAAAGAUGAGAUCAUCUCAGCAUAUACGAGGACUAGGCUGCCUCAGAUGGCAUCCAGUGUUUCACAAAGACGUGCAGGGACUAUAUUGCCUCCUCCAGCAGACGAUUCCUCUUACAGCACGGUGGCUUCAGCCAGGCAUACAGUCAAGAAUGGAACACUUAAUGCCACCAACCAGCCCAGACUUUCACCUCCAAACAGUAGUUCUGGGAGGUCCACACUUCCACCAGCUGCUUCGUGGGGGCAUCGUGACUUUAAUUCCAGAACAACAGCUACUGGGGUGACAUCAUCACAGUCUCUUACAAAAUCAAAAUCAGAGCCACAAAGUUCUUCAACGAUUUCAAGUACAAGAAUACCUUCUUCAUGGAAUGACGAUACAAGUACAGUACCAAACAUGUCUGAAGUAUGGCAAGUGUCGGAACAAGAUAGUGCAUCUAAAACCGUGAAGCCAUAUAAGCCUGGUAUUGCCAAGGAAACACAAGCUCUAUCAUCACUGGAGUCGUCGGUGGACAUAGACUUCUCCACAAUACCUUCAGCUUGGAAUGAUGAUGACAUUGUAGUAUCAGAUGGGAUGUCAAAAGGAAGCGAGGAAAAUCAAGUUGCGAAUGGAAAUGGAAAGCGAACCCAUGUAGUGUCUACGUCACCAAUGUCACCUAAGAAAGACACAACAGUAAACAGUACCAGCAAAAGUCCUUCGGAUUUUGUAUCAAGUCUAGUAGCAUCUAAAUCAGACGUAAAGACUGAUGAUGGUGACCACCCAGUUACCAAUAUUGCUCCUAAAAGCCCUACAUUAGAAGAUAUUGGACCUAGGGACUCUGAUAUUGAGAAGCUAGCUGUUCGGAUAUCUUCAGUAAUAUUAGAUGGCGAAGAUGAGGUUCAGAGUAUGGCAGGAGAUCAACAACUAGAUGCAGUACCAUACACUUCUGUUGCGGUGCCCAUGGGUCAGAAUUUUGACAAGGACCAAUCUCAUUUGAAGCUUGCUGAGCUCCUGCCUUCAGAAAAUAAGGAUACUGUUCGUUCUUGUCAAUAUAGUUCUGAUAAGCAUCUUGAUUGGAGUUCAGAGCUGCAAAGUUGUAGUAUGACUCCUUUGAAUGAUAUAGUAAAUUCUUCAAUGAACUCUGACAAACACCAUAUUACGCUGCUGGAUGGUUCAGUACUACCAUCAUAUUCAUCAUUUACCCGUUUUUCUAAUACAUCACAUGCUUCAUUGUGGAAUGAUAAAGAAAGUAACCCUACAUUGACGAUUGGCAGUGGAACUUCCUCGAUGAUGCAGACCGGGUUGUUGUCUUCAACCGACAACACUUAUGACUUGUUAAAUGGAAAUCAAGAUGGGCGAGGAACUGUAAAUACACUUGGUAAUGUUUCUGGACAUCCUGGAAUGGAAAGUCAUCAGCCUGGAGCAAUGGGUUCAGUAAGAACUGAUAGCGUAAGAAGUUUUGACAAGACCGUAAAUGUAAAUAAGGAUGAGAACAGAAUAAUUUCUGAUAUCUUGUCAUCAGAGUUUAAUCCGUGGGAUGAUUCGUACUCGACUGCUAACAAUUUUGUUAGGAUGCUUAGAGAAUCUGAAAAUAAUGAUGUGCCUUUCACCGUGCCUUCAUGGAAAUCUGGAACCAGCAGCAAGGAGUCUAGAUUUUCAUUUGCUAGACAGGAUAACCAAGGAAACUUCUUAGAUUCAUCUUUCAGAAACUGUGGUCAUCAGCAGAAUUUCAGUUUGCUAUCCCAGAAUUCUCAUGGACAUGUGUGUCAGAAUGGCCUUGCAUCCCAUUCCCUAGAGAAUGAUUUUUCAAAUAGCAACCCUCUUGCUCUGUCGGAUAUGGCUACUACUGGCACAUCAAGGUCUAAAGUAUCUGCACCUCCUGGAUUUUCAGUGCCAGCAAGAGUCCCCCCUCCUGGAUUUUCUUCUGGAUUUCCAUCCCAGGAUGGUUUGAAUCCCCCUCCUGGGUUUUCUUCUGGAAUUUCAUCUCAGGAUGGCUCUAUUCCCCCUCCUAGAUUCCCUUCUGCAUUUUCUUCUGGAAUUUCAUCUCGGGAAGGGUCUAAUCCCCUACCUAGAUUCCCUUCUGCAUUUUCUUCUGGAUUUUCAUCUCAGCAUGGGCCUAAUCCCCCUUCUAGAUUCCCUCCUACAUUUUCUUCUGGAUUUUCAUCACAGGAUGGGUCUAAUCAGGUGUUUGGCUCAACAUACUUAGAAACUCGUUUCCGAGAUAAUCUUUUGGGUGGCAACACUAAUCAUUAUCAACCUCAGUUAGCCAGACACACAAGUGACAUAGAAUUUAUUGAUCCUGCUAUAUUGGCUGUGGGCAAAGGGCGGAUGCCUGGAAUUGGUGAUUCUGGGCUGGAGAUGAAAAAUACGCCUGGUUUUCCAGCACAGUUGCAAACAUCAAACAGUGAUCCAAGGAUUCAGUUACUCAUGCAACAGAAUGUGCAGUCUCAUCAAAACAUGAGAUUCACAGAACAUAGUGAAGAUGCAUUUAACCUUAUGAAUGAUAAUUAUCUGGCAUCCCGACUGCUACCACAGAACCAUGGCUCUCUAUCCCCUUAUGCACAGAUGCCACCCCAACAAACUAGGAACUCACAGCAUACAAAUGGUCACUGGGAUGGCUGGAGUGAUUUGAGACAGGGGAACAACACUCCCAUGUCAGACAUGUCGAGGAUGCUGUAUCCAACUGAAGCGAACAACUUGCACAUGCUGGGUUCAAAUGAUGUUUAUAACAGAGCCUUUGGAAUGUGAUUGUCCUGGGAGAUGGGGCUUUGAUCUGAGAUCUUCUAACUUGGGCGUUUCUCUAGUUCUGAAAGUAACUGGUUGCACAGCGCAUAGUAUUCCUCAGCUGGAUAAUGGUGAUGUGCACAUGAGUGUUUUAUUGGGAGGCAGUGGAUUCAAAAUGACCAACAUGAACUUGAGUUUUUGUCCAGCCCUUUCAAAUACCAGGUUCUCUAUUAUGCGAAAUUGUAGGAAAGAUGCGUCCAGUACAGCAGGUGGCCGUUGAAGUACAUAUAUACAUGUGGUUUGUGGUUGCUUUAUUGCUUGUUCAUCAGGAAGCUAAAUAAGCUGGCUGGAGAAGUUUCGAUCAACUGUGUAUGCAACAUCUGGGUUUCUUGUGUCGUCUAUAACCUACCUGGGUCAUGAAUGACGUGUUGAUGUUGUCGUAGGUUGAGAAACCAAAAGUAAGAGUCCCUUGUUUGUACAUGAUGUGUUUGUCAGUUACUUGCUCCUUUUGCUGGUGCACAAGCCUGGAGCUGAGCUUUUGUUGGGUACUAGUAUAUUGAAGAAGGUUAACAAGUCA